GCCGACGGUUCUACACGUGAGCCGUGUGCUGUACAUGGUGGAGGCACUGACCAAAUAAAGAAGAUCAUAACAGACUUCCAUCUCCAACAAUGGGUAAAAAAGGGAAAGUAGGAAAAAGCCGAAAGGAUAAAUUCUAUCAUCUGGCUAAAGAGACAGGGUAUCGUUCCCGUUCGGCCUUUAAACUCAUUCAGCUGAACAGAAAGUUUCAGUUCUUGCAGCGAGCUCGAGCACUUGUCGACCUUUGUGCUGCUCCAGGAGGAUGGCUCCAGGUUGCUUCAAAGUUUAUGCCGGUAUCCAGUCUUAUCAUAGGAGUUGAUCUUGUGCCUAUUAAACCCAUUCCCAGUGUUGUGAUUCUUCAGGAAGACAUCACUAGCGAGUCCUGCCGACAGUUAAUAAAGAAGCAACUUCAGACAUGGAAAGCUGAUGUGGUAUUAAAUGACGGCGCACCGAAUGUGGGAGCAAACUGGAUCCAUGACGCAUUCUCACAAGUCCACUUGUCUCUCAUGGCUCUUCGGCUGGCCUGCGAUUGCCUCUCUAAAGGAGGUUGGUUCAUCACAAAGGUUUUCCGCUCCGCUGAUUACCAAUCCCUUCUGUGGAUCCUCAAGAACUUUUUCAAGAAGGUGACUUCCACAAAGCCCCAGGCAUCUCGAAGUGAGAGCGCUGAGAUCUUCGUGGUGUGUCAAGGAUACUUGGCCCCCGAUAAAAUCGACAGUCGUUUCUUUGAUCCGAAGUUUGCCUUUAAGAAUGUGGAUAACCCCGUGCAAACGGUCACCCAGCUGGUGUCCAAUAAGAAGCCCAAGGCAGAAGGAUAUGAAGAAGGAACUCUUUACCAAAAAGCACCUCUGAUGGAUUUCCUCAAAGCUCCCAAUCCCGUUGACUUUCUGUCCAAGAUCGGUGAGAUUCUAAUAAAUGACCCGGACCUCGAGAACAAUUCAUCCACCACCACUGACAUCAAAGAGUGCUGCAAAGACAUCAAAGUCCUUGGACGCAAGGAGCUCAGGUCACUCCUGAGCUGGAGGUCUAAGUUGCGUAGGUAUCUUGCCAGGAAACUAAAAGAUCAACCCAAAGAUUCAGUGGAGGAGGUGAAUCUCAGUUCUGGUGAAGAGGAGGAAGAAGGCUCGGAGAAGGAGGAGAAAAAGGAGAAAACAGAGGAGGAUGAGAAUGAGGAGCUGGACAAGAAGUUAGCUGAACUAAAGGCUGAAGAGCUGGCGACACUCAAAAGGAAGAAGAAGCAGUUGCUGAAAGCUCAGAGCAAACAGAGACUGAGAAUGGAGCUCAAAAUGGAUCUCCCGGGUGUCUCCAUAGCCGAUGAUGGGGAUACUGGGAUGUUCUCAUUAAAAACAAUUGGGAAAAGUGAGCUUUUGCAGACGUUGUCACGCGGAGACAUGUCUGCCGCAGAUUUCCUCGUGUCAGACGCGGCUCUCGACUACGGAGAUGUGGUUUUGUCAGACGAUGAGAACCUGGAGGAUGAGAUCUCCCUUGCCAGCGAUCUGGAUGAGGAUGACGUGGAGGAAGUGAGGAACUGUGAGCAAAAACUGCAGAAUAAAAAGAGAGUUCCAGAACCAGAUGAACAGACGCAUGAGGUGGAUGAAGAGACAACAAACCCUCUGCUGCUGUCCCUGGAGGAUAAAUCCGAGCGUGAAGAAAGAGAUAAGAAUUUAUGGUUUGGAAAGGGAAUAUUCUCAUCUAUACUACAGUCUGAUGUUGAUGAGGAGAUGGAAAUUAAACAGGCCACAAUCUUACAGGAGAGCAAACAAGGACCCAAGACACAAGAGAAGAAGAAAGACAGGAAGAAAAAACGCCACUCAGAAGAAACCACAACAGAGGCCAACACAGAAACACAGUCAAGGGGUCCUGAAACGUCUGCAGAGGUUGUAAAUCAGCCUGCAGCUACUGAAGACUCCAGUGACUCCGAUAGUGAUAGCAGUGAUGACGAUGAAGGGCAUAUCAAAUCUUUGAAGAGGAAUCUUGGAAAAAGGGGAAAUGAGGAUGAGACAGAUGACUUUGAAGUGGUUCCAAUAGAACGUCCAGUGAAGCGCUCUCGUGUCCUGGAUCCAGAAGGUUUGGCCAUUGGAACCAUCAUUGCCACAUCUAAGAAAGCCACCAGAGAUCUGAUAGACAACUCCUUUAACAAACGUGCCCAUAAUGACGUGGAAGACGAACUUCCAGACUGGUUUAUCUCUGAAGAACGCAAGCAUCGGAAUGUCCAGGUUCCUGUGGACCGCCAAACAAUGGAGGAAUACCGCCGAAGGCAACGAGAGCUGAACGCUCGACCAAUUAAGAAGGUGGCUGAAGCAAAAGCCAGAAAGCGAAGAAGGAUGCUAAAGAAGAUGGAGCAAGCCAAGAGAAAAGCAGAAGCAGUGGUGAACACCAUAGACAUCUCGGAGAGAGAAAAAGCUGCCCAACUCCGCAGUGUAUAUAAGAAAGCCGGGCUCGGGAAGGAGAAACGCCAAGUGACAUAUGUGGUAUCCAAGAAAGGAGCUGGAAAGAAGGUGCGCCGUCCUCCUGGAAUCAAAGGGCAGUUUAAGGUUGUGGACGGGAGAAUGAAGAAGGACAUGAGAGGAGAGCAGAGACGACAACAGAGGAAGAGGAAGUAGUCAUCACAUGGGGGGAUCCUAAGUGCCUGUGCGGGUCAUGUGACUCCUCUAUAGAUAUUGUAUAUCUUGUAUGACCUGAUCGCUGUAGUCUAAUACCAGUUACUGUUUGUCUUCAUGGAACAAUGAGGGGCUUCUGUACUCCUUGGUUUGAAAUGGA